ACCAAAACCAGCUCACACAGAUCCCCCCUCCCUCCUUCUCCUCCUCCUCUUCUCUCCAUUACCACUACCACCGCCUCCUUCGUUUAUCCCUCACACCUCAUAAGUCCCACGUAUCCCAAGAGGAUAAGAUGCCAUGGAGGCCACGGGGAGAAUGGGGCUUUACGUCUACUGGCUUCUGGUCCUUCUCACAGAAGUCAGCGCAAAGUUCAUCCACGUCCCUUCAACAGUCCGCCAUGGCAUCAAGGGGAAGAAUCUUCAUUUACAUGUUGAGACGCGCUUCCAAUUGGACGAGGCCGAGAUCCAGGGAACUUGGUCCCACACCACGACGAGUGGCAUCAGGACCACUCUGGUGACAUUUAACAAAGAGUCCACCAUCAUGGACAUGAAGUACCGCAACCAUAUCCUCUUCACGGAGCCCAAUGUGUCCUUGUUGAUACAGAGAUUAACUCUGCAUGAUGAGGGGGAUUAUCAGAUAAACCUCAAUAUAGAGUUUCAUAACAAAACAGGCGAGGUUUUCACGGAGGAGAAGACCGUGCAUGUAACAGUGGAUGUUCCUGUGUCCACACCAGUCAUUGAGAAGAGCCCGUCUCACGCCGUGGUCGAGGACAAAGCCGACGUUACAUGGAUCUGUUCCGUGGCGAUAGGGACCAGGGUUGAGUUUCAGUGGUUCAGAGACAAUAUCCCUUUGGGUGACGGCAACAGAUAUCAUUUCUCCCAAAACAAGUCCACACUGCUGAUCAGUCCGGUGAAAAAGGAGGACAAGGGAAGUUACCGCUGCGUGGCCAGCAAUGCGGUCAGCCCGGAACGACACAGCAGGGCUGUGGAACUCACCGUUUACUAUGGUCCCUACAACCUGGAAGUGAACUCCGACCAAGGCCUUCGGACAGGGGAGGUGUUCACCAUCAACCCCGGAGAACUGGUCUUCUUUGAGUGCCGUGCUGAUUCCAACCCUCCCAACAGCUAUGUGUGGAUCUCCAAGAGCCGCAACACGACACGGGUCAUCACAGAGGGCCCGCGGUUGGAGGUUCUCUCCUAUAGACUGGCCCAACCUGAGGAGUACCUGUGCCGAGCCUUCAAUAAUAUGACUCAGAAGCAAGACGAGACCCAGUUCACGCUAGUGGUGGCUAGCUUGGGGACAGGCAAAGAGAUGCACACCCAGGAUGGUAGCAGUUUUUCCCCGCUGGCUGUUAUCACGGUGUGCUCUUUGUUCAUCAUCGGGUGCAUGCUGCUGGUGUUUUUUAGGAAAGACUGUCACCCAAAGAGAGUGCUGAUGAGAAUUUAUAAGAGGCCGCUCUCAGAUCAGAAGCGACCACAUCGAUCAGGUCACGAGGAUGCAACUGAAGACUUUGGCAUCUAUGAAUUUGUCUCCAUACCUGGGAAAAUGGAAUCUGCACAGCCAUCAUGUAGAUCUCUGGCUCGCCUGGAGUCUGUUCAGGAUAUGCACACCACUAUCUACGAUGUGAUCAGACAUGUUCCUGAAACCCCCGGGCAGAGUUUGCUGAAGUGACUUUUAGCUCUUCAACUUUUUGUGUAUCUUUUUUUGUUUUUAAGGCCUUGUCAAAGAAGCCCAAGGCACUGCUUUUGGUGACUCACUUUUUUUUGCACACAUUACGGUGUGAGUGCACAUGAGGAUUGUGCAGGCACAUCAUAUAUGAAAUUAAUGUCAUUAAAUAUUGCGAAAAUAAGCAAUCAUUAAUUAAUUAACAAAAUAAUAAUUUAUUCAUUCAUUCAUUUUCUACCGCUUUUUCCUCACAAGGGUCGCGGGGGUGCUGGAGCCUAUCCCGGCUGUCUUUGUGCGGGAGGCGGGGUACACCCUGGACUGGUCGCCAGCCAAUCACAGGGCACAUAUAGACAAACAACCAUUCACACUCACAUUCAUACCUAUGGACAAUUUGGAGUCGCCAAUUAACCUAGCAUGUUUUUGGAAUGUGGGAGGAAACCGGAGUACCCAGAGAAAACCCUAAAAAAAGCUGAGGGUGGAAUUGAACCUGGUCUCAUAGCUGUGACGUCUGCACGCUAACCACUAGACCGCCGUGCGACCCUAACAGAAACCAAUGUUUUUGGAAUGUGGGAGGAAACUGGAGUACCCGGAGAAAUGCACGGGGAGAACAUGCAAACUCCACACAGAGAUGGCCGUCGGUGGAAUUGAACCCUGAUCUCCUAGCUGUGAGAUCUGUGCGCUAACCACACAACCACCGUGCAGCCCAAAAUAAUAAUAAUAAUUACUAUUUAUUUUAAAUAUUUUUUAGUUUUAUGGCAGUAUCAUGGCGGAUAUGUAAAUACUGUACAUAUAUUAUACUCAGAUUAUUUUAAAAUGUUCUAUAAAUCUAUUCUAUUCUAGUAUUUGUCUAUUUAUUCCUAUUGUAAAUGCUUAACCUUAAUCCUUUCCCCCCUUAUUUUUAAUAUUUGUCUGCAUGGAUAUGAUGAUGGAUGGUGAGACAUGAUUGAUUCUUAAAUUCAUGUACAGAUUGCAUCAUUGUUUUGUACUCCAUUAAAAAUGCCAGU